UUUGGUCACUCAUCGUGAAGAGAAUCUGGCAGUCUUGGAUUAAAGAUGGACGAUUUGUUUUGAAGGAAAGAAGCAGCAGCAGCAAAGAUGCCACUGCGAAUACUGUGGCCAGUCAUUUGUAAAUUUGACUGCUUGUUGGCGUUUGCUUGACGGCAUUUCAAUGGUAAGCCCAUGGCACAUAGGCGAAACCAUAUACCUCGGGACAGAUAUCACAGGGAGUACGAUUCACACAGCAGCGACUCAGAUUAUUCAGAAACCGAUGAACGCAAGAAGACUUGCAUAAAGAAAUCAAGCUCCCUCGGUCCUCCUCGCUCCAAGCCGUGCCUGGUCAACCGCACCCGCUCACAAAGUUUGGACAACACCAGCAGUAACGAAGACUGCCCGUCGUGCGAAGUACGUGCCAGCACCAGCAUGUACUCCAGAACCCGUCCGCACAAUCUAGAUUUACCGCAGCACUUGCUUCAACAGAACGGGCCAGACUAUCCCAUGGAUGGGGCCGCAGCGAUGCAAGCCUCACCGAAGCUGAACUGUAGCAGCCCACGGCCCGUGGAGCGCCUGACCUUGGUGGUGGAUGAGACGAGGUUUGUCGUGGAUCCAGAACUGUUCCGGCAGCGGCCAGAGACAAUGUUGGGAAGAAUGUUCACAACGUCUUUGGAAAACAAUUUUACUCGACCCAAUGAAAGAGGAGAGUUUGAGGUUGCUGAUGGCAUCACAGCCACUGUUUUCCGUGCCAUUUUGGAUUACUACAAGACCGGUGUGGUCCGGUGCCCUCCCUCCGUGCCGGUCCAUGAGCUGAGAGAAGCUUGCGACUACCUCCUUGUGCCCUUUGAUGCCUCCACCGUGAGGUGCCAGAAUCUCCGUGGGUUGCUGCACGAGCUGUCCAACGAAGGCGCUCGCAAACAGUUCCUGGAGUACCUCGAAGACUUGUUGUUGCCUCAGAUGGUCCUCUGUGCUCAGCGAGGUGACCGGGAGUGCCAUAUCGUGGUGCUCACGGAUGAUGAUAUUAUUGACUGGGAUGAGGACUACCCACCACAGAUGGGGGAGGAGUAUUCACAGAUUGUGAACAGUACCUGUCUGUACAGGUUCUUCCGCUACAUUGAGAACCGCGACGUUGCCAAGCAAGUUCUGAAGGAAAGGGGCCUGAAGAAGAUCCGUCUGGGAAUAGAAGGGUACCCGACGUACAAGGAGAAAGUGAAGAAACGGCCUGGCGGUAGAGCUGAAGUGAUCUACAACUACGUCCAGAGGCCUUUCAUCCGCAUGUCCUGGGAGAAGGAAGAGAACAAGAGCAGGCAUGUGGACUUUCAGUGCGUCAAGUCGAAAUCCAUAACGAAUCUGGCUGCUGCCGCUGACGAAGCCUCUUUCCACCAUCACGACCAAGGCAUUUUGCAACAGGCCCAGGAUGGAACCAUCAACGUGAUCCCCCCACAGCCUUCACCCUCGGAGCCUUAUCCCGAUGUCCAACUUCCUCCGGAGGCUCUCGACUAGGCGCACGCCUAGUUGAGGCCGUGUAUUUCCCCGAUGUGUGGGCCUCAGUUCUUGCAAAGAUUUGUUUUGAAGGCUGGGUUUUAUUUUUUUGUUUGUGAGAGCGAGAGAGGAAGUUUUGGGUGGUCACAGAGGCAUGGAAUAGGGCAUACCGUAUGUGUGAGAGGUUCUGCUGGAAUGGAAUAAGGUAUAUAUGUGUGAGAGGUUCUGCUGGAAUGGAAUAAGGUAUAUAUAUAUGUGUGAGAGGUUCUUCUUGAAUGGAAUAAGGUAUAUAUGUGUGAGAGGUUCUUCUUGAAUGGAAUAAGGUAUAUAUGUGUGAGAGGUUCUUCUUGAAUGGAAUAAGGUAUAUAUGUGUGAGAGGUUCUGCUGGAAUGGAAUAAGGUAUAUAUGUGUGAGAGGUUCUGCUUGAAUGGAAUAAGGUAUAUAUGUGUGAGAGGUUCUGCUUGAAUGGAAUAAGGUAUAUAUAUAUGUGUGUGAGAGAUGGUGCUUGAAUAGAGUAGGGCGUUUGUGGAAGAGGUGCUGCGUGAAUGAUAGGUGAACUGUUGAUGAGGGGAUGGUCAGGGUAUUUGUUGCCUGACGGUAGAUGUUUUCUGUGUGCUGAGUAUUGAACGGUUGUGCGUUAAAAAGUCUGUAGUUUGCUAAUGAGUGCACUCACACUCACUGAGAGUGUUGAGCUGGGAGAUGUUUUCUGUGUGCCUAGUGGUGAACGGCCGUGUGUUACAAGGUCUUUAGUGUGCUAAUGAGUACACACACCCGCUGACAGUGGUGAGGAGGAAGAUAUUUUCAGUGUGCUGAGUUGUGAGCAGUCGUGUGUGAAAAGGAGGUCUGUAGUAGUAGUAUGCUAAUGAGUACACACACACACAGGCUGGUAGUGUUGGGCAUGAAGUAAGUCAGUCUGGGAACACACAUUUUGCCAGAGAUAUAGUGAAGAAAACCUUGUCUGACUCUGAUGUCCAAAGCCUUAUAGAGUUUGGGAGUUAGUUGAGCAAAUCGUUUGUUACAGUUGUUGGAUCAGAUCGUGUUGAAUCGUGUAGGAAAAUAUUUGUGCGUGUGCCUGCGACUGGGUUACUUCUCGUCAACAAGGUCGCUGUGUCCGUGCAGACGUCUCACCUCAGGCAAACCUGCUGCAUUUGCAAUUUUUGUCAAACGAUGAUGUAUUGUGUCCUUUUUUUUUUCUUUUUUGAAAUUGUUGUUGAGCAAAUAAAUCAAUGUGUGAGUUGAGAGAAGCGACUGUGA